GCCCAUCUGCCAACCACCGCCUGGAGAGUGACGUCAUUUCUACCGACGCGUCAGCGCGUGUGCGCAUGCGCAGUGUCACAUCCACAGUGGACAUCUUGGAAUUAAAGGGGCGCCGAGCGAAUCCUGACAAAAGCAAGAAUUCCAGGCCGCUCGUCUCGUCUGCCGGAUCAUGUCCACGAUGGUGUACCCUCGUGAUGAGAAGCUGGAGAAGCUGUCGCAGGAGGAGAUCAUCUCCAACACCAAGCUGGUGAUCCAGGGUCUGGAGGCGCUGAAGAACGAGCACAACUCCAUCCUGCACAGCCUGCUGGAGACCAUCAAGUGCCUGAAGAAGGACGAGGAGGCCAGCGUGGUGCACGAGAAGUCCAGCCUGCUCCGGAAAUCUGUGGAGAUGAUCGAGCUGGGGCUGGGCGAGGCUCAGGUGAUGAUGGCUCUGUCCAAUCAUCUGAACGCGGUGGAGUCGGAGAAGCAGAAGCUGCGUGCUCAGGUGCGGCGUCUCUGUCAGGAGAACCAGUGGCUUCGAGACGAGCUGGCCAACACACAGCAGAAGCUGCAGAAGAGCGAGCAGAGCGUGGCGCAGCUGGAGGAGGAGAAGAAGCACCUGGAGUUCAUGAACCAGCUCAAGAAGUACGACGAGGACGUGUCGCCUUCGGAGGAGAAGGACGGUGAGCCGCCCAAGGACUCUCUGGACGAUCUCUUUCCUAACGAUGAGGAGGAACACACUCAAGGAAUGCAGCACCAGCACAACAGCGCGGCGGUGGCGGCGGCUCAGCAGGGCGGCUACGAGAUCCCGGCGCGGCUGCGGACGCUGCAUAACCUGGUGAUCCAGUACGCGUCGCAGGGCCGCUACGAGGUGGCCGUGCCGCUCUGCAAACAAGCUCUGGAGGAUCUGGAGAAGACCUCGGGACACGACCAUCCAGACGUGGCCACCAUGCUCAACAUCCUGGCACUCGUGUACAGGGAUCAGAACAAAUAUAAAGAGGCGGCUCACCUGCUGAACGACGCUCUCUCCAUCAGAGAGAAGACUCUGGGCAAAGACCAUCCUGCUGUCGCAGCCACUCUCAAUAAUCUGGCCGUGCUGUACGGGAAGAGAGGCAAGUAUAAGGAGGCCGAGCCGCUGUGCAAACGAGCUCUGGAGAUCCGAGAGAAGGUGCUGGGGAAGGAUCAUCCUGACGUGGCCAAGCAGCUGAAUAACCUGGCGCUGUUGUGUCAGAAUCAGGGCAAGUAUGAGGAGGUGGAGUAUUAUUACUGCAGAGCGCUGGAGAUCUACGAGUGUCGGCUCGGCCCGGACGACCCCAACGUGGCCAAAACCAAGAACAACCUGGCGUCCUGCUUCCUCAAACAAGGCAAGUACAAAGAAGCGGAGGUUCUGUACAAAGAGAUUCUGACCCGCGCUCACGAGAAGGAGUUCGGAUCGGUGGACGCCGAAAACAAGCCCAUCUGGAUGCACGCGGAAGAGAGAGAGGAGAUGAGCAAGGGGAAGCACAGAGACAACACACCGUACGGGGAAUACGGAGGCUGGUACAAAGCCUGUAAAGUCAACAGCCCAACGGUCAACACAACGCUGAGGAAUCUGGGCGCUCUGUACCGCAGACAGGGCAAGCUGGAGGCAGCGGAGACGCUGGAGGAGUGCGCCGUGAGAUCCCGCAAACAGGGUCUGGAUCCGGUCCAUCAGACGCGUGUGGUGGAGCUCCUGAAGGAGGACGGCCGGCGCAGCAGAGACAGUCUGUCCAGUGUGAAGUAUGAGAGCGGUUCCGAGGCCGGCGAUGAAGCAUAAAGCCAUCCAGAGUUUGCUUCAUCUUCUUCCUCCUCACACAGGAAGGGCCGUGUUUUUAGUUUCCUCUGGACGUUGAUCCUGGGCCGCUGCAGGCAGAGGGAUGCGUCUCUCCUCAAUCUCUUCUGUUCUUUCUUCGGUUGACGUGACAUUGUCUUUGGGCUCUUCAUCUGUUUCUCUCUCUCUCUCUCUCUCUCUCAUCUCUGAUGUGUUGAUAAUCGUUGUCGACACUUUCAUCAAUCGCCGUUUCAUCGUGGCCUCGCUGAUGAUGUGUGAACUUUCAGACUGAACUCUUAAUUCUGCAGAUUUGAUGGUUUUGCUCUUUUUGCCGUCUGUGGGUUUGAGCAGCUUCUGCUGGUGAACAAUCAUUGGUGUUUCACAGAAACCUGCUCAUGAUACUUUUUAUGUUUUUGUAAUAUAUGACAAAUGAUGAUUUCAUGUCGCUUAAGCACGUAUGUGACAUAACCGAACUGACAUCCACAACCGAACAACACAAGACGAACGUCACAGAUGCUUUCUCUUUAGGCGUCGUGUUUUAUCUCUUGUGCUCCAGUGUCAAAGCUACAUAUACAGUGUUCACAUUAAUGCUUGCAGUGGGUUUGACGCAUUAGUCAGCAGUGGAUAUACUUGAGUUCUGUGAAUUAUAUAUUGAAUAUCUAUGGAAGCUUGAUUCCGCCACACAAUUAAAGAAAUUAAAAAGGUAAUUACAACUUUUUAUCUCACAGUUCUGACUUUAUAUAAGAUCUAAUCUCAGAAUUGCAAAACAAACCCAUAAUUUAAAAAUAUAAACUCAUUAUUGCAAACAAACUUUGAAUUGUGAAAUAAACACAGAAUUGUGCGAUAUAAACUCAUAACUGCAAAAACUCAUAAUUGCGAAAUAUUAACUCAAUUGCAAACAAACAUAGAAUUGCAAAAUAAACUCAGAAUUGUCAGACAAACUCAAUUGUGAAAUAAAAACUCAGAAUUUAAUUGCGAACAAACUGAAAUUGUGACAAACUCAUGACUACAAAACAAAUCCAUAAUUUCAAAAUAUAAACUCAGAAUUGUGAAACAAACUCAGAAUUGCAAAAUAAAAACUCAGAAUUUGCGAAGAAACUGAAAUUGCAAAAUUUAGAAUUGUGACAAACUCAUGACUACAAAACAAACUCAUAAUUGCAAAAUAUAAACUCAUAAUUGCGAACAAACUCAUAAUUGCGAAAUAUUAACUCAUAAUUGUGAAAUAAAGUCUGAAUUGCAAAACAAACUCAGAAUUGCAAUAAAAAAGGUUUGAAUGGUGAGAUAAAAAUUCCCAAUUACCUUUUUUUUAUGUGUUGGCAUAAACAAGCUUGCAUAUGCAUCAGCUAAUUACACUAACGAGAAGUGCUCUUUGAUCUUGUGUGCAUUUAGCAGUGUUGUUGAGACAGACGCUCCUGAUCUAAUCCACGUUCAUAUUUCACCUGCAAAGGGAACAGUAUUCAGCCGUCAGUAUUCAGAGUGCCAGAACAUUUCAGACAUUCAUUAGACUCGAUCCGUGUGAACGUGAAGUCUGGUGACGGCGAAUGAAGCGAUUCCGCUGCAGUAAAUCGUUUCAUUGAGCUUGUUAAAUGUGUUGAAGGCCAAACGCAGAGAUGUUUAAGUAGCGCUUUUAACAAUACAGAUUUUGUCAAAGCAGCUUUACAGUAUUAAAUAGGAAAAUAGUGUUUCGGUAAGCUAAGCAAGCCAGAGGCGACAGCGGCAAGGAACCAAAAACUCCAAAAACCAAAACUUUAACACAGAUCACGCUCCAUAGAAAGCCUUAAUGAUGCAUCGCAGCAGCUGAUGUGACCGUAUUAUAUCACCGAAUGUGCUGUCAGUUCACUUUAGUGCACGUGUGCUGCAGGCCUCAUUUAUUACUAUUACCAUUUUCACUAACGAUGAUCGUUUGAUUCAUUCCAGACACACACGUGAUGAUGAUGAUGAUGAUGCAGUACAAAACGAACAAACGUUUCUCUUAAUAACGGACGUGUUUAUGCCGUUUGUUGUGGAUUGCUGCGUAUUUAUUGAUGGUUUAUCUUUGUUUUAACGCGAGCGUUUGUGUUCACUAUUAUAGCGAGUAGAUCUACAGUAAAUAUAUAUGAACAUAUUACUCCACUGCAUUGUGACGUUUAUUGAUAUUCUCAAUAAAGGUUUAUUUCUGAAGUUUCUCAUCGUUCUGUAUCAGUGUAUGUUUAAUAAUGAUGAUCUGUUUCUAUAUUGAGAUCACGUGCUUUGAAUGUUAUUUAAUAAAUAAUAAAACAGUUUAAUAAUGUA